AUGAAGUGGUUUCUUGUGUGUUUGCAUCUUUUUUUCUUUCAUUUUCCAUCAUUCUCUUCUUUGAAUUUCUUAUGUCAUCAAGAUGAGAAUUAUGCUUUGCUUGAGUUCAGGAAAACAACAACAUGGAAAAAUGGGAGUGAUUGUUGCUCAUGGCACGGAGUCACUUGUGACACCAUCUCCGGCCAUGUGAUUGGCAUCAACCUUGCUUGUGAAGGCCUUCAAGGUGAGGUUCCUCCUCAAAUCUCACACCUUUCUAAAUUAACAUCACUUCAUCUCUCUUAUAAUUAUGGGUUAGUUUGGAAAGAGAGCACAUUGAAGAGGCUUGUGCAAAAUGCAACAAAUUUAAAGGAGAUGUUUUUGGAUUACACAGAUAUGUCUUCAAUAAAAAUAAACUCCUUUGAUUUGCUCUUCAAUCAUUCUUCCUCUUUGGUUACACUUAGUCUUCAAACUACGGGAUUAAGGGGAAACUUCAAACGAAGCAUUCUCUACUUACCAGCUAUUCAUGAAUUAUAUAUGUCAGGCAAUCACCUUAGAGGCCAACUUCCAGAUCUGAGUUCCAGUAUUUUUCUUAAAAUUUUGGAUUUUUCAAAUAUUCAUGUCAAAGGACCAAUUCCUCCAUCAUUUUCUAACCUCACACAUCUUACUUCUCUAAGUUUAAUGGGAAACUCUCUUAAUGGUUCAAUUCCAUCCUCACUUUUAACUCUUCCAUGCCUAACUUCUCUAGAUCUCUCUGUAAAUAAUCUUAGUGGUCAAAUCCCAAAUAUAUUUCACCAGUCACAUAGAUUGCAAAAAUUAGAUUUGAGUCAUAACAAAAUUGGAGGCGACCUUCCAAUAUCACUUUCAAACCUUCAUCACCUCACUAGUUUAAGCCUUUCAUCCAAUUCAUUUAAAGGCCAAAUACCAAAUGUGUUUGAAGCGAUGACCAAACUGCAACAUCUCUCUCUAUAUUCAAACAAUUUAGAAGCACAAAUUCCUUCUUCGUUAUUUAACUUGAAUCAACUUCUGACAUUAGACUGCUCUUAUAAUAAAUUAGUGGGUCCUCUACCCAUCAAAAUCCCAGGGUUUCAAAAACUAACUUAUUUGAAUUUAGAUAACAACUUGUUAAAUGGAACAAUUUCUUCCUCCUUGUUAUCUUUGCCUUAUUUGACAAUAUUAUCUCUAUCAAACAAUCGACUUACGGGACAUAUCAGUGCAAUCUCAUCAUAUUCCUUACAAGAGCUUUAUCUUUGUGCCAACAAGCUACAAGGAAAUAUUCCAAAAUCAAUUUUCAAACUUUCAAACCUAACUACACUAUGUUUAUCAUCAAAUAACUUCAGUGGUGCUCUUGAUUUUCAACACUUUUCCAUACUUCAAAAUUUGCGUUCUUUGUCUCUUUCACAUAAUAGCCAAUUAUCACUAAACAUUGAAUCGAAUUUCAGUUACAUUUUUGUUGAACUAACUACAUUGGAAUUGUCUUCUUUGAGUUUGAGUCAACUUCCCAAAUUCCUUGGAAAGCCCCCAAGUUUUUAUUCUCUUGAUAUGUCCAAUAACAAAUUGAAUGGAAGGGUGCCGAAUUGGUUACUUGAAACAAUAAACUCACUUGGAUUUUUGAAUCUCUCUCAAAACAUGUUCACAUCAAUAGAUCAUAGCUCAAGAAGUGGUUACCAGAUAAGUUACCUUGACCUUAGUUAUAACUUACUACAAGGUGAACUUUCUGCCUCAAUUUGCAACAUGAGUUCACUAGAAUUUCUCAACCUUGCACACAAUAAAUUGACAGGUAUCAUUCCACAAUGUCUUGUUAGUUUGUCGUCUCUUCAAGUUUUGGAUCUACAAAUGAACAAAUUUUAUGGAAAUUUGCCAAAUAAAUUUUCAAAGGAGAGUCAACUUCUUACAUUGAAUCUUUAUGGCAACCAUUUAGAAGAAUGUUUGCCUAAAACUUUGUCCCAUUGCAAAAAUCUUGAAGUCUUAAAUCUUGGCAGCAAUAGAAUAGAAGACAAAUUUCCUAAUUGGCUUCAAACACUGGAAAAUUUAAAAGUGUUGGUUUUGCGAGACAAUAAGUUCCAUGGUCCCAUUUCUAAUCUAAGGAUCAAGAGUUCAUUUCCUAGUUUAAUUAUUUUUGACAUCUCAGGCAAUGACUUUAGUGGCUCACUUCCAAAAGCAUAUUUUAAAAAGUUAGAAGCGAUGAAAGAUGAGGAUGCAAGUUUUUCAUAUAUGGCAGAGGCAUUGUAUUAUGUUUAUAGUCAACUUAGUAGUACAUGGUACUACUAUUCUGUAACCAUGACAAUAAAGGGGAUCGAUUCCACACUGGGGAAAAUUUCAACGAACUUUGCAAUUAUUGAUAUGUCAAGAAACAAAUUUGAAGGAGAGAUUUCAAAUGUUGUUGGAGAGCUUCGUGCACUCAAAGGACUUAACCUUUCACAUAACAGACUCACUGGUAUUAUUCCCAGGUCCAUCGGAAAUUUGACAAAUUUAGAAUCUUUGGAUCUCUCCUCAAAUAUGAUCACUGCUGUUAUUCCUGCCGAAUUAUCCGAUUUGAAUUUUCUUGAAUUUUUGAAUCUUUCUGAUAACCAUCUUGUGGGAGAAAUACCUCGUGGAAAGCAGUUCAAUACAUUUUCAAAUGAUUCGUAUGAAGGAAACUUUGGGUUAUGCGGAUUUCCGUUGACAAAGAAAUGUGGACCUGAACAACAUUCUCCACCUUCGCCUAACAUGUUUUCGAGUGAAGAGAGAUUUGGAUUUGGAUGGAAACCAGUGGCAAUAGGAUAUGGAUGUGGAUUUGUGUUUGGAAUAGGCCUUGGAUAUUUCAUGUUUUUAUUUGGAAAGCCAAGAUGGCUUGUGAUCAUAUUUGGUGGCCAACCAAAGAGAAGAGUGAGAAGAAGAACAAGAGUGAGGAGGACCAAUGGUUCAAACAUGAAUCAGAUGAUACAAAUGUCAUAG